AUGCUUAAGCACAUGCUGCUGCAACAUGCUGCUAAUUUGGUAAUUCAAUUCAACGACUGCAACUUCGAGGCGGCUCUGGCCAAAGACCUGGAACUGCGCAGUCCAUUCGUCGAGUUUUAUUUCAACACACACGGUGAUGAUAGUAGGGUCUUUGCGCCUGUCCAAGAUUUUGUCUCGCCGCGGGUCAUCAAGUCCCAUCUGCCGCUGCCCCUGCUGCCUGCCCAGUUGUGGCAGAAGCGGCACAAAGUGGUGUACGUGUUUCGGAAUCCCCUCGAUGCCUUGGUCUCUCGGUACUAUCAUGGCGUGACCUAUGGCCACAACUACGGCAAGACCUUGGCACAGUUUAUCGAAGAGAAUCUUGACACAGAUGCCACAUUCAGAAACGCCAUCGAACACGCCCACGAGUUCUAUCAGCUGCGCCAUGAGCCCUGGCUGUACUACACGAGCUUCGAGCGCAUGAAUAAGAAUCUCCGAGCUGUGGUCGAGGAUCUGUGUCGCUUUCUGAACAAACCCAUAGCGGAUCAGCCAAUGGAUCAACUGCUGAAGCAUCUAUCUUUUGAGGAGAUGAAAAAAAAUCCAACAACGAAUCAUCUGUGGGAGAUUUUGCAAGUGAAUCACAAAGAUGCUGGCAAGGAAAAGCACAAUUUCGUUCGUCGUGGCAAGGUGAACGGAUACAAAGAUGAGCUGUCCGGCGAGCAGAUAGGGAAGGCGAACCACUACAUACAGCGGUGUCUGAAGGAGAAGGCCAUAACUCUGGAUGAGCUUCUGCUACUAAAUGAUCCUUUUGCGUGAAAAUCAUCAGAUAAACUAUAGUACUAUAGUAAAUUAACUGUAUAGUAUGUAUAGGGUACCUAAUUUUCCACCAAUAACAAUUACAAAAUUUGCAUUUGUUUUAAUUCGUAAUUGUUGUAAUAAAAGCCCAAUAUCAUAGGGACAAAUACAUAGAUA